GCCAAAAAAGAAUGUAAAAUGGCAUCAACAAUCUCUUCAUCUGCUAAUAACAGUCGCCGACUAUUCAAAUGCGAUCAACAUACAACAACUAUUUUCGAAAAUCUUAACCAUUUCUAUAAAGAACAUGGGCAUUUUGACAUUACUCUCUCUGCUGGAGAAGAUUGCUUCAAUAUCCCAGCUCAUAGACUUGUCCUGUGCGCAUUUAGUGAAUAUUUCUUUGAGGUAUUGUCUAACAGCCAAGCAACAUCAUUACAAGGCAAUGUAUUGCCACUCAAACUAAUCGAUGCUUAUACACUGAAAUACAUAAUCGAUUUCAUGUAUUCCGGUUCGAUUGAAGUGAUCCUUGACACUGUCGAAGAAAUUCUAAAAGCUGCACUCUUUUUGAAAAUGAAUACUUUAAUUGAUGGUUGCUGUGAAUUCAUUGAAAUUAAUAUCAAUUGUAGUAACAGUUUGAAUUGGCUUCGAUUUGCAAAAGAACAAAGUCUAUCCAGACUGAAAGUUAAAUCUUUAGAAUGCACUUACAAUCACUUUGAAGAAAUAUCUAAGGAAAAAGACUUUUUAAUGCUUAGUGAAAAUGAAUUGAAGGAUUUACUAUUUAAUGAGAAUCCACAUGAAGAUUUAGAGGAAAUUGUAUUCUUAUCCAUGGCAGCAUGGAUAAACUAUGACAAAGUAAAUCGGGAGCCUUUAACCCUCGAACUUAUGUCGUUGAUUCGGUUUCAGAAUUUAACAGCCGAGUUUAUUGUUAAAAAUAGAAAGUCUGUUUGUAAAUCGAUUGAAAGCUAUGAAUUGAUUUGCAGUUGGAUUGAGUGGCAAUUAUCGUCGAACAGUCACUUAGAAUCAGAUUCGGAAAGUCUUAGUCUCGAGCCACAAACCACAGAAGCGAAUAACAAUCUGACUGAAAUUCAGUUCAAAUCAGAAUCUGAUUCCCAAAAUCUUGUUCUCGAUCUAACUGCAUUUCCACAAAUUACGAAUUCGAAUAAAGUUCUGAUGGUAAAUCGUAACCCGCCGGACACUGAAUCAAUACCAACUCCCAGAAAUCUUGCUCUCAACCCAAAAACACCUGACAAAAUUGUAUGUCUUCAAACCAACAUUGCUUCGAAAAAAAUUGUAAUGCAAAUUUAUAACUCGACAAUUAAUGUUUGGACAAUGGAAAAAGAAUUUUCUCUUUGGAAAAAUAAACUAGCUUUUGCAGCAAUGACUGUGAUUGAUGCUAAAUUAAUUGUAAUCGGAGGAAGACGCAGUGAUAAACGUAUUACAAAUUUUGCAGAAUAUUUUGACCUGAAUUCCUCCAAAUGGUUUGAAAUGCCUCGAAUGAAAAGAAAUAGAGCUAUCUGCCAAGUGGCUGCUUCAAAUGAAUGUUUGUGCGUUUUUGGUCAUGGUGAAGAAGAUAAAGGAUAUCGAGUGGAUUCGAUGGAGAUUUAUAAUUUUUCCACUCGCUUAUGGUUUGUUGUAAAAUCACCUAGUCAAUUCGAUUCCAACAGUAAAAUAACUGCUUGGAAUGGAAUCGUGUAUAUUCUUGAUACUUUCAAAGGUUAUUUGCAUUCGUAUGAUAUUUCUGCACAAAAAUGGACAUUCAAAAGAUUACCAACUAUAAAUUUGUAUUUGUUUGCCUUUGUUGCACUUGAAGGAUUUUUAUAUGUAAUUGGUGGAAAUGGCCAGACUAAUGUUGAACGUUAUGAUGUUUCCAAUAAUAGAUGGUCUAAAGUAGCACCAUUGCCACAAGAUUGUUCAGGAAAGAAUGCAACAGUUUUUGAAAAUAAAAUUGCAGUUUGUGGAAAUACGAUUAAUGGUGGAGUUAUUGUUCAGGUGUAUAAUCCGAGAAACGAUUUAUGGGAACCUUUGAGUCCUUUGUCGAGUAAAGAUUUUUAUUCUACUGUUAUUUGUACUUCUAAUUGUAUUGAGUAAAAAAAAAUGUACUAUUAUUUAAUAUUUAUAAAAUAAAGAGUUUAACUUUAAU